UUUAGUUCCACAUGAAGAAGGGUGUCCAUGACCGCAACACAUUCCACAAGGAGUACUCAUUGAGUCGCACAAAUUAUUAUUACUUGAUGAACAUGCACAAAUCUGCUCUGUUUCUAACACCAAUCAACCCCUCCUCGCUCUCUCAUCUCUGCCCAAGAUCUAAUCAUUGUAGACUUCUGAAUCUGCAAAACCAAGCAAAAUCUUCAAAACCCAGUUGCAGAAUUGGCUAUGGAAGCAAUUUCAGCCUUCUUGCGUAUGCUUUACAAGCCUUCUCACCAAGUUACAGAAAUCAAAGGAAGAAGAAAAGAAGAUGUGAUUACGCAGUGGUGAAAUCGAGUCGCAGAGAGUCUCCAUAUGAAGUUUUGGGGGUCACUCCCUCUGCAACUCCUGAUGAAAUCAAGAGGGCUUAUCGGAAACUUGCUCUGAAAUACCAUCCUGAUGUCAACAAAGAGGCAAAUGCUCAGGAGAAAUUCAUGAGGAUAAAACAUGCAUACAAUACAUUGCUGAACUCUGGAUCUCGAAGGAGAUAUGGUUCCGGAGAUCACUCCUCUAAUUAUUCAUAUUCUACUGCUGGAAGAAGCCAAAGUGGGAACACUCAAGAUGAAGAAGAGUUCUAUGGACUUGGUAACUUUGUGAGGGAUGUUCAGAUAACAAUAGAGGACUUCUUUAGGGACCUUCGAGAGGAAUAUCAGAACUGGGAAGCAAGUGCUGCUUCACAAGGGAAGCCAAAGAGCUUGUGGGAAGAACUGGCGGAAAUUGGGGAAGAAUUUGUUGAAUUUCUAGAGAAAGAGCUGAACAUCAAUGAUGCAGAUGUCAAAGCAGAAAACAGUGAAGACAGCGCAUUUAAAAGUUACAGAACGGAAAGAACAGAAAGUGGCAGUAAAAAUGAAGCUGGCAAGGAAAGCAACAACAUUGAUGAGAGCAUUGAUGAGAUUGAAGCCACCCUUGCUCAGCUGAAAAAGGAACUGGGUUUGUAAAGGGAAAUGCAGCUUUGUAGUCUUUAUCAAACGAAAGCCGAGUCAUUCCUCAUGUUCACUGAGUAAAGAAAUGACAGGAACCAGAUGAUUAAUUGUAUCGCGAAUUAACAUCUCCAGAUUCUUCUUUUACAGUAGAAGGCCUCGUUCAAAUCCAUCAGAUUCUGCUUGGGAGGAAUGAUAUUUACACUUGCCAUCAAUUUCUUCCUUCACAGUCCGGGGCUUUUUUUUUGUUUUUUGUGUCUGAAUUUAAGUUUGUGCUUGUACAUAUUUGGUCCAUUUAACCAUUAACUGUUGUUAUCUAAGAACUUAUCUAUUAUUGAGCAGUAUAUGUUGAUGUAUGUACUUGGUGAUC